CGACGAACACUGAGAACUGACUCGUCCUCCUUUCUCAGUACCUCUCUCCGCCAACAAAUAAAAAAUGGCUGACGCUGCUCCCCGUGGACGUGGUGGAUUUGGACGUGGACGUGGUGGUGGCAGAGGCCGCCGUGGACCCCGCCGUGGAGGCCGCAAGGAUGAGGAGAAGGAGUGGGUCCCCGUCACCAAACUGGGCCGUCUCGUCAAGGAUGGCAAGAUCAAGUCGAUGGAGGAAAUCUACCUCUUCUCUCUCCCCGUCAAGGAAUUCCAGAUCGUCGACUUCUUCCUUCCCAAGCUCAAGGAUGAAGUCAUGAAGAUUAUGCCCGUCCAGAAACAGACCCGCGCUGGUCAGCGCACCCGCUUCAAGGCCUUUGUUGCCAUCGGUGACUUCGACGGUCACGUCGGUCUCGGUGUCAAGUGCGCCAAGGAAGUCGCUACCGCCAUCCGCGGCGCUAUUAUCCUCGCUAAGCUCUCUGUCAUCCCCGUCCGGAGAGGUUACUGGGGUACUGCUCUCGGUGAACCCCACACCGUGCCCUCAAAAGUCAGCGGCAAGGUCGGCUCCGUCAUGUGUCGUCUCAUCCCUGCACCCCGUGGUACCGGUCUCGUUGCUGCUCCCGCAGCGAAGCGUAUGCUCCAGCUCGCUGGUGUUGAGGACUGCUACACGCAAUCAAAGGGUUCGACGGCCACUAUGGGUAACUUCUUGAAGGCUACCUUCGUUGCCAUCACCAAAACUUAUGCGUUCCUUACGCCUGAUCUCUGGCGAGAGAUUCCUCUGUCGAAGCUGCCUUAUGAUGAGCAUAGUGCUCACCUUCAGCUUACGGCUAGCAAGCUGAAGUACUAGUCGCUCGUAUUUCUUUGACUUUCUCCAUGUAUUUUUGGCAAUGACACGGAUUUGUCCUCCGGUCUGUCGGUUCUA